AUGGCCGCAUCGCCCACUGGGUCCGUGGUGAGCGCCGGGCUGGAGGACGGCUCCUCGGGGCUGAGCCCGGCCCCCGGCAAGGCGCUGAGCCCCGUGCUGCUGUGCAAGGUGUGCGGGGACACGAGCAGCGGGAAGCACUACGGCAUCUACGCCUGCAACGGCUGCAGCGGCUUCUUCAAGCGCAGCGUGCGGAGGAAACUCAUCUACAGGUGCCAGGCGGGGACGGGGCUGUGCCCCGUGGACAAGGCGCACCGUAACCAGUGCCAGGCCUGCCGGCUGAAGAAGUGCCUGCAAGCGGGCAUGAACAAGGAUGCCGUGCAGAACGAGCGGCAGCCCCGCCGCACCGCCCCAGGGAGCCCCAUGCCGGCCAAGCCCUGCACCAAGCUGGAGCCUGAGGACGCCGACGAGACCGUGGAUGUGACGGGCAGUGAGCCGGAGCGGGCUGCCGGCGAGUACCAGCUAGCGCCCUACCCGGCGGGCAGCCCCGAAAACGUCUACGAGACCUCGGCCCGGCUCCUCUUCAUGGCCGUCAAGUGGGCCAAGAACCUCCCGGUCUUCUCCAACCUGCCCUUCCGUGACCAGGUGAUCCUGCUGGAGGAAGCCUGGAGCGAGCUGUUCCUGCUCUGUGCCAUCCAGUGGUCCAUGCCCCUGGAGAGCUGCCCACUGCUGGCCGUGCCCGAACUGGCUCCCAGUGCCCCCGGCAAGCUGGUGCCUGCCACCGUGGACGUCCGUGUCCUGCAGGAGACCCUCAGCCGCUUCAAGGCACUGGCCGUCGACCCCACCGAGUUCGCCUGCAUGAAGGCCGUGGUGCUCUUCAAGCCAGAGACCCGUGGCCUGAAGGACCCCGAGCAGGUAGAGAACCUGCAGGACCAGUCCCAGGUGAUGCUGGGCCAGCACAACCGGACGCACUACCCCGGGCAGCCCGUCAGGUUCGGCAAACUGCUGCUGCUCCUGCCGGCGCUGCGCUUCAUCUCCUCCGAGCGCGUGGAGCUCCUCUUCUUCCGCCGCACCAUCGGCAACACCCCCAUGGAGAAGCUGCUCUGCGACAUGUUCAAGAACUGA